UUAUGGCAAAAAAGUUGGACAAAUGUUUGGUCCAAUCUAUGAUCCACCCAGCCAAACCAUUGAGACAUCACCCACAUUGUUUGGUGAUUCAAGCUUUGAGAGAGCAAAGGUUUCAUCAGAUGAUGCCAGCAUACUACCUCUUCACUUACCAAACCAAGAAUUAUUGCAGGAAUACAAAUUUCCCAAGUUUGUCUCUCUCUAUUUCCAAAACAACGCCACAAGUGUCUACAUUAGACGGGCUCUCAACGAACCAUUGUUACACCUUCAAAACCCAGGAGAUCAAAUGGCUGCUCUUGCUGUUUGGAUUACAAUUCUGCGAUUUAUGGGAGACCUUCCUGAACCUAAAUACCAUACAUCCAUGGCAGAUGCACGGCAAGAUACAACUCCUGUGAUGACAAAGAUUUAUUCAACCCUUGGCCGAAAGUUUAAUAAGAAAGACCUUGAUGAAGCCAGACAAAUGGGAGCAGAAUUGGAAAACGAACCCAUUAUCUCAAUGAAACAAGGUAAAAAAAGUAUGCGUCGGAAACUGGUUUCUCUCACCCUGAAACGAAAAUCGAAACUCACUGAAGAAGUUACUCGAAAAAUGGAAAUCAAUGAAAAGUCUGCUGGUUUUGAAAGUGGAGGAGCAGGGAAUGCUCUGUUAGAUGAUCGGCCAACAUCCAAUCUAGAGAAAUUACAUUUUAUCAUUGGUAACGGCAUCUUACGACCUGAAUUGCGAGAUGAGAUAUACUGCCAAAUGUGUAAACAAUUAUCACAGAACCCUUCAAAAAGCAGUCAGGCGAGAGGAUGGAUUUUACUGUCGCUAUGUGUUGGCUGUUUUGCUCCAUCAAAUAAGUUCAUAAAUUAUUUGCGGUCCUUUAUUGCCGAGGGCCCAGCUGGUUAUGCUCCCUAUUGUGGGGAACGUCUCUGGAGAACAUUCAGCAAUGGUACACGCAACCAACCACCUAGUUGGCUGGAGUUACAAUCUACAAAAUCCAAGAAACCUUUGUUGUUACCAAUAACAUUCAUGGAUGGAACAUCAAAAACCCUGCUUGCAGACUCUGCCACCACUGCUCAAGAACUCUGUCAACAGUUGUCAGAAAAGGUUGACCUUCAAGAUCAGUUUGGUUUCUCUCUCUACAUUGCUUUGUAUGAUAAGGUAUCUUCUCUUGGAAGUGGAAGUGAUCAUGUCAUGGAUGCUAUAUCUCAAUGUGAACAAUAUGCAAAAGAACAAGGAGCGCAAGAACGUAACGCACCUUGGAGACUGUUUUUCAGGAAAGAAAUCUUUGCCCCUUGGCAUGACCCAACAGAAGAUGCAGUUGCAACCCAUCUGAUUUAUCAGCAAGUUGUCCGUGGAAUCCAGUUUGGGGAGUACCGCUGUGAGAAAGAUGAUGACUUAGCGAUGAUAGCAGCCCAACAGUAUUUUGUUGGUUACGGCACUGAUCUCAACAAUGAGCGCCUACAAACUCUCUUAAACACUUACAUUCCGGAGAAUCGGAUCACUAGCAAAGGUCUUCCAAACUGGAUAAACCUCGUCCUAACUAAGCUAAAAUCUUCCUAUUUCAACAACCUGAAACCCGUAAAAGUCAAAGAAGACAUCGUUCGCUAUGCCAAAUACAGGUGGCCUCUCCUCUUUUCACGAUUCUAUGAAGCUUAUAAAUUUGCAGGACCAAGUCUACCGAAAAAUGAUGUGAUCAUCGCUGUCAAUUGGACUGGCGUAUAUAUUGUUGAUGACCAAGAACAAGUUCUUCUGGAACUUUCUUUUCCAGAAAUUACUUCGGUUUCCAGUAGUCGUACUCGGAAACUUCAUGGACAGAGUUUUACUUUGGCAACCAUUAAAGGAGAAGAGUAUACAUUUACAUCUCCAAACUCAGAGGAUAUCAAAGACUUAAUUGUUACAUUCCUGGAAGGCUUGAGAAAACGGUCACGUUUUGUCAUUGCCAUUCAUGACUACAGCCCUCCUCCUGGUGAUAGUAGUUCCUUCCUGUCAUUCCAAAAAGGAGAUCUUAUAAAUUUGGACCAACAAACUGGUGAACAAGUGCUCAAUUCUGGCUGGUCAUAUGGUCAGUGUCAGAGAACAAAACGUUCUGGAGAUUUCCCAGCAGAAUGUGUCUAUGUUCUUCCUACAAUUACCAAACCAUCAGAUGAAAUUGUUACUUUGUUCACACGUGGUGCAGAAUAUACCACCCGGGAUACAUCAACACCAAGUGAAACUUCUUCCAUAUCAGAACAGAGAGAGAAGCCACACACACUUGAAACUUUCUCGUACGAUCACUUCAGACCACCUCCCAAGAGAACAAUGACAAGAACCAUCUCAACUGCCAAGAAAAAACGACAAGAUGAUUUGUGGCGCUACUCAAAAGAACCAAUUAAACAAGCCCUCCUAAAGAAAAUUGCUGGUAAAGAAGAUUUGAAUCAGGAGGCUUGCGAAUGUUUCUUAUCGAUUCUAAAAUACAUGGGAGACCAUCCAAGUCGGAAAGGUAGACCUCUGAAUGAAUUAACAGAUGAAAUUUUCAAAAUAGCAUUGAAAGUGGAAAUCCUUCGAGAUGAAGUGUACUGCCAAAUAAUUAAACAAUUGACUGACAAUAAAAACAGAUUGGGUGAAGAGCGUGGAUGGGAACUAAUGUGGCUUGCCACUGGUUGCUAUGCUCCCAGUAAUGUACUGCUGAAGGAACUCACGUUGUUCUUGAGAUCACAUAUUAAUCCACUCGCUCAUGACUGCCUGCAGCGAUUACAGAAAACUUUAAGAAACGGUACCCGUAAAUAUCCUCCCCAUCAUGUUGAAGUGGAGGCUAUUCGUCACAAAACAACCCAGAUUCUUCACAAAGUAUAUUUCCCUGAUGAUACUGAUCAGGCCUUUGAAGUUGAUUCAAGUACCAGAGCCAAGGACUUCUGCCAAAAUAUUGCCCAGAAACUUCGCCUUAAAUCCUCUGAAGGUUUCAGUUUGUUUGUCAAAAUUGCAGACAAAGUCAUUAGUGUCCCAGAAGGAGAUUUUUUCUUUGAUUUUGUUCGUUAUUUAACUGAUUGGAUACGCAAAGCAAGACCUGCUCGUGAAGGAACAGUCUCCCCAUUUACUUACCAAGUAUUCUUCAUGAAAAAGUUAUGGACCAACACAGUUCCGGGAGUGGAUGUAAAUGCUGACACUAUCUUUCAUUAUUUCCAGGAACUUCCAAAAUAUCUUCGGGGUUAUCAUAAGUGCACUAAAGAGGAUGCUGCCCUGUUAGCCUCUCUGAUCUACAGAGUCAAAUACAUUGACGACAAAAGCCAACUACCAAGCAUUUCGAAAUCCCUCAGGGACUACAUUUCUUCUGAUUUAAUAAGAGCACAGUCCCCAGAUGAUUGGAAGAAGCAAAUAAUAUCACAUUACAAUGCCGCUGCUGGAAUGACUGACCAAACGGCUAAAGUUGAGUUCCUCAAGAAAAUUGCCACCUGGCCAACAUUUGGAUCUGCUUUCUUUGAUGUUAAACAAAGUAUGGAGGCCAGCUAUCCUGAGCAGCUUCUAAUUGCUAUCAACAAGAAUGGAGUGAAUUUGAUACAUCCAAAAACAAAGAAUAUAUUGGCAACACAUCCAUUUACCAAGAUUUCUAACUGGAGCAGCGGUAACUGUUACUUCCAUAUGACCAUUGGCAACUUAAUCAGAGGAAACAAACUUCUCUGUGAAACACAAAUGGGCUAUAAGAUGGAUGAUCUGCUUACUUCAUACAUCAGUUUGAUGUUGACGACAAUGAACAGACUUAAGUCAAAACCAUCUUCAUAAUUGGUGCAAAAUGGUUUUUUUUAUCCCCCCCAAUGGCCUUAUAAAUUGAAACCUAAAUAUCUCUGUAGUGAACUGUUUCCAGCUUACAACUUAAUCAGUUCACUACAGCACAGAUAUACAUGUUCCCACCUAACACGUUCACUGACUGCCCUCUGCCAGUCACGCAAUACAGGGAAGAAGAAGAAAGAAGAGGACAAAAAUAUUUUAGCAAAUCAACAAGAGGAAUCUGAUUACAUUAAAUGUUUUCCUAUUUUUAUAUCAACCUUUUUUUAUUUUCUUCAUAAUUUUCUUCUUUUUAAUAUUUCUCAUCAAUAAUUUGGAAUUGAAGAAUUAUUUUUAAAUAAAAUUCAAUUUGAUAUCAGCAUUUUUUUACAAGUCUCUGCCAUGUCUAAACAGGCACUAAAAUAGGAAUUAAAAAAAGGAAAAAAAAAAUGGUUUCGUUUUUAACAUUUUCAAAAUCCCAACACCUCAAGUUAGUUAUGUUUCAAUCGUUAAUAAAUUUAAAUAUUACAGGCUUAAUUACAAAAAUUUUUUUUCAUUAACAUCGAAGCAGACAAUGUGAUUAGGCAGAAUAAUUAUUAAAAGUCAGUAGUUGAUAUUUGACUACUCGUUAUUAAGUCUUUUACUAACAACUUGCAUCGACCAGAAUAUUUUGAUUUAAACAAAAUAGUCUUAAAACGGCAGGUAUGAUGACAAAUAGGCACUUUUAUCUCAACAUUGCAAUAUCUUAAACUUCAGUUCUAGAAGCAAUAGAAAAUACAAACAUUUAACUAACUGAAAUAAAUUUAGCGAACGAAACUAAUAUAUUUUGUAAAACUUAAACAAAAAAGCUUUAAGUAAUAGGCUUUCAGGUAAGUUUUAAUUUGCUAUUUCUUUCCUCCCCCAGAUAAUAUGAAAAAUAUUAAUUAACCAAUGACAGCAUUAAGUCUUAAUUAAAAUGAAUACAUAUAUAUUGAGGAGUAAUUUGUUUAAAGCUUGGGGCAAUUAUAAAUGGAAUCACACCUAAUGAGAUUUUCUGCUGUGUUAUACACAUAUAUAUCUCCUGUUUAUGAACAAAUUUCCCAAGGGUUUAAGAAAGCUGAGUCAGAUUUUACUGCUUCCAUAAUUUUCCUUCUGCCAGCUUUCUUCCUAACUAUUCCAUGUUAACACAGCAGAAAGGUGCUGCUGGUAGUUAACUAAGUACAUUAUCUCUUUGUAUAUCACGGUCUGUAUAUUUAGUCCCAGAUAGUUGCUGUGCUAUUCCAUUCAAAAAUAUUCCUACAAUUAACAUUUAUAAAAUGUGCUUCAAUAAAUAUAAAUGUUCAAACAAAA